CGCUCAGAAGCAGCGCCGCGGCCUCCCUCCUCCGCUCCUCUCCCCUCCCAAUCGCCGGCCGAUUUGCCGUCGUCUCCAAGGCUCUCCUCCCCCUCAAAUACCCCCCUCUUCCUCCCGUCCCCUUCAUCUCGCCGCCGCCUCAAACCCCACCUACUCGGCCACCGCGUCUCCCCCCACCCCCAACGGAGGACUCGGGAACCCUAGGUUUACUGCCCCUUCCACCCCGUAUGCAGCCCUCCUCCGAUCGGCGCCGCGGCGGCAACGGCGGUGGCGGUGGAGGAGGAGGAGGCCCCGUCGCGGUGCCUUCGUCCCGCGCCGUAUGGCGGCCCCGCUCUACCGCUCCUCGUGCGCCACCCCCCGCGCCCGCGGCCGCGGCCGUCCCCGACCGCGCCGCUCCGAUCCUGCCCUUUCCAAGUACGGCUUCGGAGGAACGGCCUCCCCAGCGCCGCCCGCGCCGGAGGAAUCACGGGAGUAGCGGCGGCCAACGCCGCGCCCCGCCGCAGGAGAGGCCGUCCGCGGCGCCGCCGCCAUCGGCGGCGGCGGCUGCGCCAGCUCCGACCCGCGGCGCGCCUCCUCCGCGUGCGGCGGGGGCGAAGGCCGCGGCGGCAGGGAGCGAUGGGGCGGUGCCGCAGCUGGUGCAGGAGAUCCAGGACAAGCUGGCGCGGGGGGCGGUGGAGUGCAUGAUCUGCUACGACAUGGUGCGGCGGUCGGCGCCGGUGUGGUCCUGCGGCAGCUGCUUCUCCAUUUUCCACCUACCCUGCAUCCGCAAGUGGGCGCGCUCCCCGGCGUCCGCUGCCGAUGCGUCGGACCCGGACUCUUCCUGGCGCUGCCCCGGGUGCCAGUCCGUGCACACCGUACCCGCGCGCGAGCUCGCCUACACCUGCUUCUGCGGGCGACGCCGCGAGCCCCCUAACGAUCUCUUCCUCACGCCGCACUCCUGCGGCGAGCCCUGCUCCAAGCCCCUCGAGAGGGCGGAUCCUGCCGCCGCGAAGGGCGCUUCCCCCAACGAUGCCGAAGCCACCAGGUGCCCGCAUGUGUGUGUCCUGCAGUGCCACCCAGGGCCUUGCCCACCCUGCAAAGCGUUUGCACCAGACCGGCUGUGCCCCUGUGGCAAGCAGACCAUUGUGCGGCGGUGCGCGGACCGGACCACGCCUGUGACGUGCGGGCAGCAGUGUGAUCGGCUCCUGCCCUGCCGGAGGCACCGUUGUGAGAAGGUCUGCCACACUGGACCUUGCGGGGAUUGCAACGUUCUCAUUACUGCCCAAUGCUUCUGUGGAAAGAAGACGGAGACAUUGUUGUGCGGGGACAUGGAGCUGAAGGGGAAUCUAUCUGAGAAGGAUGGAGUGUUCUCAUGCAGUGAAGCCUGUGACCACAUGCUGGCGUGUGGGAAUCAUGCCUGCCGAGAUGUUUGCCACCCAGGACCAUGCGGGGAGUGCGAUCUUAUGCCAGGAAAGGUCACCGCAUGCCAUUGUGGGAAGACAAGGCUGCUGGAGAAGAGAGAGAGCUGCUUGGACCCGAUACCAACCUGUGAGAAGGUGUGCGACAAGAAGCUGCCAUGCGGGGUGCAUAGGUGCAAGGUCACAUGCCAUGAUGGAGAGUGCCCUCCUUGUGUGGUGCGUGUGGAACAGAGGUGCCGCUGUGGUUCAUCGGGUCAGAUGGUAGAGUGCUACAAAGUCUUGGAGGAGGAAUUCCAUUGCAACAAGCCUUGUGGGCGAAAGAAAAACUGUGGGAGGCACAGGUGUAGUGAGUGCUGUUGCCCACUUUCAAAGCCGUUCGCUCAGCUUGAAGGGGGUAAUUGGGAUCCCCAUCUCUGCCAGAUACCGUGUGGCAAGAAACUGCGGUGCGGACAGCAUGGAUGCCAGCUUCUUUGCCAUAGCGGCCACUGCCCGCCUUGCCUUGAGACCAUAUUCAAUGAUCUGACUUGUGCAUGUGGUAGGACAUCCAUCCCUCCCCCGCUUCCUUGUGGCACACCAACUCCAUCAUGCCCACACCAAUGCUUAGUCCCCCAACCAUGUGGACAUCCGGCCUCGCAUCAAUGUCAUUUUGGGGAUUGUCCGCCUUGUGUUGUUCCAGUAAUGAGAGAAUGCAUAGGUGGACAUGUGAUGUUGAGGAAUAUCCCUUGUGGUUCUAAGGAUAUCAGAUGCAACCAACCAUGUGGAAAGAACCGGCAAUGUGGAAUACAUGCUUGCACCAGGGCUUGUCAUCCUGCCCCUUGUGAUGCGCCGCCUGCAAAUGGAGAUGCUAGCUCAAGCACUGGUAGCAGAGCUUCAUGUGGGCAGGUAUGUGGUGCUGCAAGGAGGGAAUGUAAGCACACUUGCACUGCUCCAUGCCACCCAUCAUCACCUUGCCCGGAUUUGAGAUGUGAAUUUCCUGUUACUAUUACCUGUUCUUGUGGUCAUAUUACUGCAACUGUGCCAUGCGGUGCUGGGGGAGCUUCCAAUGGUGACAAUAUGUUUGAAAUAUCCAUCAUACAGAAGCUACCAGUGCCACUCCAGCCAGUGGAAUCGGAUGGGAGAAGGGUACCACUUGGGCAGAGGAAGCUCUCCUGUGAUGAGGACUGUGCAAAGAUGGAGAGGAAGAGGGCCCUUGCUGAAGCAUUUGACAUCACCCCACCCAAUUUGGAUGCAUUACAUUUUGGUGAGAACUCAAAUGCAUCCGAUUUGCUUUCUGAUCUUUUCCGCCGUGAGCCAAAAUGGGUGCUGGCCAUAGAGGAGAGGUGCAAGUUCCUUGUACUUGGGAAGACGAGAGGGAAUUCUUCAGGCAACCUCAAGGUUCAUGUCUUCUGUCACAUGAUGAAGGAUAAGAGGGAUGCUAUCAGGCUCAUUGCGGACAGGUGGAAGCUUUCUGUUCAGGCUGCUGGUUGGGAGCCCAAACGUUUCAUUACUAUCCAUGUCACGCCCAAGUCAAAACCGCCUGCUCGCAUCCUGGGAUCCAAGCCAGGAGUACCUGUUACUGCGUCCCAUCCUUUCUUUGAUCCUCUUGUGGACAUGGAUCCAAGGCUUGUUGUUGCAAUGCUGGACCUCCCCCGGGAUGCUGAUGUUAGUGCUCUGGUUUUAAGGUUCGGUGGGGAGUGUGAAUUGGUUUGGCUGAAUGACAAGAAUGCCGUGGCUGUCUUCAAUGAUCCAGCUAGAGCAGCGACAGCGUUGAGGCGGCUGGAUUAUGGGUCUGCUUACCAGGGUGCUGCUGUAUUUUCGCCAAGCGGCAGCGCUCAGCCAGGCAAUAUCUGGGUUGGAGGGCAGAAAGAUGGAGCAUUGGCUACUAAGAGCAGUGCCAAUCCAUGGAAGAAGGCCACUGCCUCUGAGCCUGAUUUAUCCUCAGGAGACUGGACAGGUGUGCCUGGUCAUGCUCCUCCAGCAUCAGUAUGGAGGCGUGGCGGUGAUACUGUCGCUCAAGUCAUGGGGACAUCAAACCGCUGGAACGUCCUGGAGUCUGAUGCUGCCACAAGCUCCAGGGACGAGGAGAAUAAGCCUGCUCCUCGCGCCGAUGCUGGAUCCAGCGCAGGACCAAGCGCUGCACCACCGGUAAGUAAGAUGCAGCCGGAAAUCGAAGUUGAUGAUUGGGAAGAGGCUUGUGAAUGAGUCGGCAUCAGGAAGCUCGGUUCAGAUGGUUUUACCUUUAUUCUGAUCUUUUGGUCAAAUUUUAUAGUUGCUGGUACCAAAUGUAUUCUUACACUUUUAUGUAGUUCCUGAUGGCCUGGUGACUGAUCUGUGUGAUGUUGUCAUGCGGGCAAUUCGUGUAACGCCGCCGCUGCUUGUGCAGUCCAGUUCAUUGGAGCUGGGAAAAAGAAUACGUCGUAAAAUUGCCAACCUAUGCUUGCUCUGUGGUAUUGAAUUGGUUCAUUGUCAUGUAA